GUAAGGUAGCCUUUGAAGCCUGCAAUUAACCAGUUAGCUAGCUAAGCUAGGAGCGACACUGGUCUUGAGCUAGCUAGUGUGGUCGGCCAUGGAGUACAGCUCAAGGAGGGUCUCCUGCUGCGUCGCGCUGGCCGCCGUGCUGCUCCUGUCGUCGCGCACGCUCGGCGGCGCCGCCGGCGGCGCGCCGCGGCGGCUGCUGCAGAUCAGCGAGGCGCAGCAGUUCGUGGUGCCGCAGACGCACCUCCGCGCGAUCUACGGCCUGCACCCGCUCAAGUGGAGCAGCGACCUGGCGGACCUGGCGACGCGGUGGGCGGACCAGUACAAGGGCGACUGCGCGGCGGCGUCGGCGGCGUCGGCGGCGGGCGGCGUGAACGUGUUCCGCGGCUACGGCGGCGAGGCGUGGCAGCCGAGCGACGCGGUGGCGGCGUGGGCGGAGGAGGCGCAGCACUACGACUACGGCGCCAACGCGUGCGCGGCGGGCAAGGAGUGCGGCCACUACAAGCAGAUGAUGUGGCGCGACAGCACGCAGGUCGGCUGCGCCACCGUCACCUGCUCCUCCGGCGAGACGCUCAUGGCGUGCCACUACGAGCCGCAGGGCAACAUCAUGGGGCAGAAGCCCUUCUGAUCCACGGGCUAAUCGUAAUUAGGAUCUACCCGGUCUUGAUAUGCUAGUUAAUAUGCUUUGCAUUAAUCUUGAUACGUACUAUAAUUUAUCUAUGGUUAUUAGUUGGGGCUGAAUUAGAUCGAAGAUCGAUGCUAUGAUUUUUGGUCGUGCGUUUUGUUUAUGCCAUAAGGAUCAAACCUAUCUCUUCGAAUAUCAUCGAUGUCAUCAGCUCUUAGCUAGUUUUGUUCGAUUUUUUCAUUCUGCAUGACGCCGCUUAUGAGCUUAUCCAGGUAAUACUGGGCAAAAUGAAAACAUACAUUACUCCUUCACUUCAAAA